UCCAUCGAUAAAAAUGGAAGAGGUCUAUUUCAAACGGCUGUAGUAUGUCGCCAAGUACAUAUCUUUGAGUUAAUAUCUCAAAUGGGAUUAAGAAACCAGAGCACAGUUCCCCUUGAUGAAUCAAUGAACAACAUUCUACAUUGUGCUGCAUUAUGGAGACCAACGUUGCAGUUCGAUAAAAUAUCUGGCGAAGCUCUGCAAAUGCAAAGGGAGAUACAAUGGUUUCAGGAGGUAGAGCGAGUCGUAAGACCGAGUUACAGGGAGAUGGUGAACAAGGAUGGUAUCAAACCUAGAGAUUUGUUCGCACAAGAACACAGAAUUUUAACGACGGAAGGUGAAAAGUGGAUAAAAGAAGCAUCCCAAGUAUGUAUGAUAGUCGCUACACUUAUCGCUACAGUAAUGUUUGCUGCUGCCUUUACGGUACCAGGAGGGAACGAUCAAAAUACAGGCCUCCCCGAUGCUUUUGAAGCUUAAAGCCUUUAAGAUAUUUAUACUAUCAGAUGCAAUUUCUCUGUUUGCGUCGUGUACAUCGGUUUUGAUCUUCUUCACACUGUUAACAACUCGUUAUUCACAACCAGAUUUCUUAGUGUCUUUGCCAGCAAAACUGAUAUUUGGGUUGUUCUUUCUCUUCAUCUCCAUAGCAUUCAUGAUGGCAGCUUUUGCGACAGCUCUGGUCA